UUCCCAAAACCACACUGAUAAACAGCAAACAAGGUGUGAGCACAGAGCUGUGCUCAUUUCUAACUAAUCAUUUCCAAAAGGAUACACCAAAAUCAUGAAGAGCCACUUAAUAGGAAUUCUUUUGAGCUUCUGGGUUGCUGUCUCACCUGCUUUGUAUUUUCAUUCAGGGGAAAGAGAGGAGAAAUGCAUAAUAGAAGACAUUCCAAGUGAUACCUUGAUUACUGGGAGUUACAAGGUACAGCAAUGGGACAUACAUGAACACAGGUUUCUUGAAUCUGCACCUGGUUUGGGAAUGUUUGUGACCAUUACAACUCCUACUAAGGAGCUACUGUUGUCAAAAUUGUAUGGUCCACAAGGAACAUUCUCUUUUACGUCACACUUACCUGGGGAGCAUAAUAUCUGUUUGCAGUCUAACUCCACAAAGCUUAUCUCAUUUGGAGGAAGUAAACUGCGUAUCCACUUGGACAUUAGAGUUGGAGAGCAUUUUCUUGAUGAAGCUAUCGCUCAAGCCAAGGACAAAGUUAAUGAAGUUAACUUUAGACUCGGACAUCUAAUUGAGCAAAUUCAUCACAUAUCCAAAGAACAAAACUAUCACAGAGAACGUGAGGAGUACUUUCGAUUGACAAGUGAAGAAACAAACAGCAAUAUCCUGUGGUGGGCUCUUGCACAAACAUUAAUCCUUAUCUUAGUUGGAGUCUGGCAAAUGAAAUGUCUUAAAGAUUUCUUUAUCGCUAAAAAGCUUGUUUAAGACUGAUAGAAGUGAAUAUACUUCUAAA